AUUUAUUAUUAUUGUCAAAUUUUCUGUCAAUUUCACAAUCGAAAAAUUGAUUUCACAAUCAUAAGAAUGGCAUCGUCUUCUCCGUUGGAAAAUUUAGAAACUCAAUUAGAAAUGUUUAUUGAAAAUGUACGACAAAUACGAAUUAUUGUUAGUGAUUUUCAACCACAAGGACAAAAUGUCCUAAAUCAAAAAAUACAAUCUUUGGUUCAUGGUUUACAAGAAAUCGACAAAUUAAAGUCACAAGUAACUGAUGUUCAUGUUCCAUUGGAAGUCUUUGAUUACAUUGACCAAGGAAGAAAUCCUCAAUUAUAUACAAAAGAUUGUAUAGAAAAAGCAUUGGCGAAGAACGAACAAGUUAAGGGAAAAAUUGACGCGUAUCGUAAAUUCAAAGCUAAUAUGCUUUUAGAAUUAAGUCGAACAUUUCCUAAUGAACUGAAUAAGUAUCGUGCUGUAAGAGGCGAUGAAUAGAACUUAAGA